AUGAAUCGUGUCAUACAAACGAUAGCUCUCAUCUUUCUAGGUUGUUGUUCAAAUGUUAUAUUUCUGGAAUUUAUUGUUAGACCAUAUCCAGGAAGUGGAAAUAUUAUAACAUUUGCACAAUUUCUCUUUAUUGCCAUUGAAGGUUGCAUUAAUUAUUAUCAAUGGGGUGGAGUACAACGACAUGUUCCACUCAAAAAUUAUGGAAUAUUGGUAUUAAUGUUUUUCUUAGUUAGUGUUAUUAAUAAUUAUGCAUUGAAUUUCAAUAUACCAAUGCCAUUACAUAUGAUAUUUCGAUCAGGCUCAUUAAUUGCGAAUCUUAUUUUGGGCAUGAUUAUAUUGAAGAAAAGAUAUAAAUUUCGUGAAAUUCUUUCAGUAGUUUUAAUUACAUUUGGAAUUAUUUUAGCAACAUAUGCUUCAAGUCAAUCAUUGAACAAACAAAAGUCAGCAAAUAAUAUCAAAAUUGAUCAAACAGAACCAGAUGUUUUCCGAUGGACUAUAGGUAUUUGUAUGUUAGUUUUUGCUCUACUUGUUUCGGCAUUAAUGGGUAUUUAUCAAGAAACAAUUUAUGCAAAAUAUGGUAAACAUCCUCAAGAAGCACUAUUCUAUUCACAUCUGUUACCUUUACCAUUAUUUGCACUGGUUGGAAAAGAUAUUUAUCAGCAUGCUCAAUUAUUUAAUCAAUCAACUUGGCUACCUAUUUUUUCUAAUGUUGGUGUUCCAAUAAUGUGGGCGUAUUUAUUUUGUAAUGUCUUGACACAAUAUUUUUGUAUUAGAUCUGUAUUUAUAUUGACAACAGAAUGUCCAUCAUUAAUUGUGACAUUAGUAAUAACAUUACGAAAAUUUGUUAGUCUACUUUUUUCAAUAAUUUAUUUUCAAAAUGAAUUUACAUUCAAUCAUUGGAUUGGUACAGCAUCAGUUUUUCUAGGAACAUUUCUAUUUAGUAAUAUUCACAAUGAAAUUAUUCGUUUUUUUCGAAGACCAAUAAACGACCAUGUAGAUUAG